AUGUACGCUGACGCAGUACACGAUGCAGAAGGCAGUGACUCGCUCUUUGAUGAGCCUCAGAUUGCCAUGCGCACUGCCCCACCGAUACCUGGGCUUUUCGUUCCACCCAUCAGAUUGCCUCUCGAACUGGCGAAUGACAUCGUUCGGGAGUGUAUGAGCCUUUACUUCGAUGGGCGAGACGUCAAUCAGAUCAUGCUCUUUGGACGCACAGUAUCUGAGCACAGCCAGAAUAUGGAAAGCGGCUUACCAACGUUUCUGAACACACUCCUGCAAUGGCUAGCCGAAAUGUUACGUGACCAUCUACCCAAGAAAGUGCACGAAAUGUUAUUUCCUCCCAAGGAUGCGCCACAGCGCGCACGGCAGGCGAUUCUGAAUCUAUAUCGUCCUGGAGAAGGCAUCUCACCUCAUAUCGAUCUACUGAGACGGUUCGACGAUGGAAUCAUAGGAUAUCAAGAGGAAGAGCUGUUCGGAGGGGCCGGGCCGCUGGAUAGGAAUCAUUGGGACCUCUAUCUGGAAGAACGCAGUAUUUUGGUCCUAUCGGAGGAUGCGCGCUAUGAUUGGACUCAUGGGAUUGAUGGAAAACAGGAGGACUUCGUCAGUGGAGUAGAUGGACAAGGAGAACCUGAGUGGAUUGAGAGGGGAACGAGAUUGAGCAUCACAUUCAGGUGGCUGUUGCCAGGCGCAGACAUCGUCGGAGGACCUGAGCCAUGA